AUGGCAGUAACAUUUCUUCUCCGGCGUCUCAAGUCGCCGACGACCAUAUCAUCUGUUUGGUCAAAUUCUAUUACUUCUUCGUCUUCGUCUUCUUCUUUUUCGACGAAAUGUUUUGUUCGACGAACAGCAUCACUCUCUGUUCCGACGGAAUCUCCUCCGGCUCCGAAGAAGAUUCCAUUCGCGGUCUCAACUCAUGGGAUCACGAGGCAAGAUCCUUACCGUUGGAUGCGGAAUACGGACGACGCGGAUUUCGUCGACUUCCUCGAGCGUGAGAACUCGUACGCUCAAGCUUUCAUGGCUGACACAGAAACCCUGCGGCGUGAUUUGGUCUCCGAGAUGAAAACUCGUAUUCCCGAAGAGAUUAUCACUCCUCCCGAGCGUUGGGGACCAUGGUUAUAUAGGCAAUACAUACCCAAAGGAAAGGAAUAUCCUCUUAUGUGUAGGAGAUUGGAGAAGGUUGAAACAAAUUGGUUCUCUAGUCUCUUCCGUAGAGAAGAAGAAGAGGAAGUUGUGCUUGACUGGAAUCAAAUUGCAGAGCAGUACGGUUAUGUUCAUGUUGGUGUUUGUCGACUUUCACCUGAUCACAACUAUGUAGCGUACACGGUUGAUCCCAAGGGAGAUGAACGUUUCCUUCUCCAUAUUAAGGAUUUGAGAAGUGGUUGUUUAAUUGAGAGAUUGGAAGUUGAUGGAGUUGUGAGCUUGGCAUGGGCUUUAGAUGGAAGCACUUUGUUCUACACUGUUGCAGAUGAUAAACAAAGACCUCAUAGGGUUGUUGCUACAAAUGUUGAGGCAGAUGGGACAGAUGAUACAGUGGUGUUUACAGAAAGAGAUUCUAGUUUCUGUGUAGACAUAACAACCACAAAAGAUGGCAAUUUCUGUUACUCUUUAGUCUCAAAGCUGAGUUAUCUUGUAUUUCAGGUUUAUAUCGUAGAUGCUGAGAAGCCGCAGGCUGGUUUGCAAAGAGCUCGUGAGCGAGUCCCUGGCGUGCGGUGUUUUCUCGAGCAUCACAAUGGAUUCUUUUUCAUUCUUACAAAUGCUCAUACAAAUGCAAUGAGUGAGUGGUCUGGUGAAGGCUAUUAUUUGGCUAGAUGCCUCGUUGAGGACAUCGAAGCAUCCAAAGACUGGCAGACUGUUUUCUGUCCAGAUGAUGAUGUUGUGAUUCAAGAUAUGGACAUGUUUAAUGACUAUCUUGUGCUUUCCCUCAGUAAGAAGGGCUUACCAAUGAUAUGUUCUAUUGAUAUGCCUACGAAAGCAAAUACAACGCAUAUGGCGGAUCUUAAUCCCUGGUACUUUCCUCUUCCAGUUGAUUCAUGCAGCGUUGCGCCAGGUUCUAACCACAACUUUCAGAGCUCUAUAUACCGAGUGGUGCUUUCAUCUCCUGUGAUUCCUGACACAAUCAUCGACUAUGACGUGUCAAGAAGAUCAUUCUCAGUUGUGCAUCAGGAGGGAGAGCGAGUUAUGAGACCGAUGGACAACAAGAGUCAACUAAAUGAUAGAGCCAGUGAGGGACAAGAUUCUCAAAUGCAUACAUGGGAGGACUUAUCUGAUGCAUAUGUUUGUGAAAGACAAGAAGUUUCUUCGCACGAUGGAGUUGAUGUCCCUCUUACGAUUAUAUAUUCCCGAGAAGCGUGGAAGAAGAAUGAAUCCCCGGGGAUAUUGAUAGGCUAUGGUGCAUAUGGAGAAGCUGUGGACAAAAGCUGGUGCACAAACCGAUUGAGUAUGCUUGAUCGUGGUUGGGUCAUUGCCUUUGCUGAUGUCAGGGGAGGAGAUGGUGGUGAUUUUACAUGGCACAAAUCCGGAACUGGAGCGUUGAAACUUAACUCAGUCCAAGAUUUCAUAUACAGUGCGAACUAUCUAUUCGACAAGGGGUAUGUGCAUAGACAUAAUCUUGCUGCUAUCGGGUACAGCGCAGGAGCUAUUCUUCCAGCUGCAGCCAUGAACAUGCACCCGAGUCUAUUCCAAGCUGCAAUUUUAAAGGUUCCUUUUGUGGAUGUGUUAAACACACUAUCGGAUCCAAACUUACCUCUCACACUCUUGGACCAUGAAGAAUUUGGGAACCCUAACAUCGAUACCGACUUUAGAUCCAUUCUUAGCUAUUCUCCAUAUGAUAACAUACGCAGAGAUGUUUGCUAUCCUUCCAUGCUUGUCACAACUUCGUUUCAUGACUCAAGGGUUGGAGUAUGGGAAGGUGCAAAAUGGGUGGCUAAGAUACGUGAGAGCACGUGCAACGACUGCUCACGAGCUGUGAUUCUGAAAACAAAUAUGAGCGGCGGCCAUUUCGGUGAAGGUGGUCGCUAUGCUUACUGCCAAGAAACUGCAUUUGAUUAUGCUUUUCUUAUCAAAGUUAUGGGUCACAACAAGUCACAACAAUAG